GUACGAAAAGGGGAAUUUCUUUUUCGGCCGUGUCUGGUAGAACAUGGUAAAGACCAGAAUGAUUACUAAACAUUGUCCUGAGUGUGAGGUGCAGGUGGCAAUCGCGUCGAAGAAAUGUUCCUGCGGGCACAUGUUUAGCAUGAAGCAGUCGAGUGCAACGCCUCCAUCGCGUACGAAAACUAGUUCCAAAAGAAAAGCAGCCCAACAAGCGGCCGCUGCUGCGGCUGCAGCCUCAUCUUCCAGCGACAGUCGUAAAGGUUCAGCUUCCGGACAAGUGCAGCGCCGGCGGACGAGCAGAGUGCGCCGUGAGAAACCCAACUACUACGAUUCUUUGCAGUACGAGAAGAAGAAAAAGAAAACAAAGAAAUCGUCAAAAGCAUCGCUAUUUAAGGGCAAAGAAGCGAAGCAGACACAGCUAAUAACUGCCAAAGAGACCCAGGUGGCCAGAGCCAACCGACACGCCAAUCGGCGCGCUAAGAAAGAGGAGAUUGAUGGUGGAGGAGACCUGGCCGCUAAGUUACCGCUCGACAAGCAGGAUGUUGCAGCUAUAAUUUUGUCCGAAAUCAAUCGAAAAAUCGGUUCCGUUGUGUGGACACAACCCUGAAUGGUGCAGUGGGCAAGGGCGAUAUUUAUUAAGUAUAUUUUGUGUAGCAAU